AUGUCGAACGCGAUAGAGGAUCCCGGGAAGAAUGGAAGGAGUGGUGUCAAGCCAACUGGCCUGCGAUCCCGGACGUUUGGCCGGCCUCGAGCACCAUCAGAUACCAUCGUUGUAGGCGGCGGAGGUAGCGAAUACGAGUCAGACUCCGACUUGGAGUUGUAUGAGUCCACGCUCAAACUACAGUAUAAUACUGUACGGGGCUACGUCUCGGCCAUACAGAAGCUUUACGACGAGCAGAAGAGCCGGGAGUCAAUCCUGCGGCCCGGCCACAGGAGUGGCACUGAAGGCGCUCAAACGCAGCAUUCUUGCAACGACUUGGAGCCGGAAGAGGAAGGAAUACAUGGACAGGGAGUUGGAACUCUGAGAGAUGUGUAUGCGCCGGCGCAGAUACCCGACCACACCAACGUGGCAUGGUCCGAGAGGAGAGAUCGCCUGCGCCCUGAGGACGCAGGGUAUACCACAAAGGCGCUGGUUGUCGUGAUGAACUGUGGGAAGACCAACCAGCACGGCCGCAUGGAGUAUGGAUCUGCUCUGCGGCAUCGAGAUCCGCGAUCUUGUCUCAUCGGCGCCCUCGCGUUCUGGCUUUUCUGGCGCUGGCAGGUAGAAAAGGCGGAAAGGUUUCCCGUCUUCCAAAGAAGCGAAGACUGGUAUGAAACGAAGGUGCUCCGCCGAUCGGCGAAGGAGCCUCAAGCUCCGUUGUCGGGCCAGACUGCCCGAGAAUGGACGUCCAGGUUCUACAAGAAGGCCGGCAUCAAGGUCUCCAAGGUCAGCCACGCGCCUAGAGUGGCGGCGACGCAAAACGCCGACAUGGCCGGGGGGGAUGAAGGCCAGAUCCGCCGAGCCGGUCGUUGGAAUAACGGAGACCAAAUGACCGGCUGCUAUCUGACUUCCUGCCUUUCGAAUUCAUGA